AUGGUUUCUGGAGCUGGUGAUUUCGACAAUUUAGAGUACCGUGACGACUUCUGUUCUAGUCCUCACUCACCUACACAGCAGACACUAAGCGUCGAUGAAUAUGGUUUUUGCUCUCAAAAUAAGCACUUCCUAGCAGAGCGCAGCGAUCACUGUUUCCGCGCUGUCAGUGGAGGCCUUCAUUUUGGUCUUAAUGCAGAUGAUGCUUCCAAUUACCACUUGUCAGAAGAGCGCUCCUCCAAAAAGGCAUUGGGAAAAUCUAGCUCCAGUCGUUAUCAACUAGACGAUUCAUCAGAGCCAUAUUUGCCUUCAUCAUCGCAUUCCGUCUUUCGCGUACUCAGUCCAACAGCUGGCUUGUCUGGGCGUAGGGAUCGCAACAAUCGUGACGACUCCGGUGAUUCAGAUAUCGAUGAAGUAGAUGAGAACGUAAACCAGCAACGUCAGGCGAUUUUGGGUCGGCGACGCCUUUGCCCGAGUUCUACAAAUGUUGGAGAAAUUGUACUCAGCGUAGCCAAUGACAUUAGACGUGAGCAAAGAGAUGCUGUGGCCUCUGGUCGUAUCAUGGCCACUGAUUGUACUGAGGGAAUUGGUAGAACUCUAAAUUCCGUAAUGGCCUCUAAUGGUUUGGCUGAUUCUCCGUUUCGGGUCAUGACAACACAAAAGACCGGUUCCGUGACGCCUACGUUUGAGCCAUAUAGUCAAGAUUCUGUCGAAGGCAUACCCGAGGAAUUGGAGAGACCUGCCUCGUCCUCUAGCUCUCGAGUAAGAGGUUUUACUACAUGGCUGCCAGUUCGAAAUGAUCAAUCUUUUAAUUGA